GAUAAUAACAGCAGCAGCAGCCAGCUGCAACAUAACACGGAUAAAGUAAUACCAUAAUAGUUACCCGAUGAUGACUAAUACAUAUAUAAAGGAACCUAUAAUCACUGCCUUCGCUUGGGUACAAUUUUUUUUAUCAAUAUACUAACUGCUCUAACGUCGCAGUUGUGGGCCCAUUACGUAUUAUACAUUCGAGUUCGUCAGACGCGUUGUCCAAUAACAAAUACUUUGCACAACCUUUGUUUUAACUUAAAUCACUUAUAUAUCGUGUGUGAUUAGCGCACACUCGUUUUAAAACGGUAAGUUCGUGAAGCAAUUUUAAAAAUCCUGGAUGAGUGAAAUUUAUUGAACUUUAACAUGAAGAACGAUGUACUUUGUUUUGUGGUCGUGUUUUUAGGAUGCUUUCUUCUAGGUGAAUGUUUAAAUAUUGAAGAAAUCGUUAAUAAAAGAGGCGUACAUUUAGUUGGGGAAAAAGAAUGUACUUAUGGCCCAUCGUUUUGGUGUAAAAACAUAACCACAGCUUCGGGUUGUAAAGCUGUUAAACAUUGUAUUCAAACAACAUGGCUAAAUCAAAAGUAUCAAGAAGACAAUGAUGAUGUUUGUACUAUUUGUAAAAAUAUGGUACAAGAAGCUCGUGAUACUCUUACUAGCAAUGGAACUAUGGAAGAGAUACAGCAAGUCUUCUAUGGAUCUUGUAAUUUACUACCUCUUAAAAUUGUAAAAGUAGAAUGCAAGAAAUUAGCUGAUGAGUUUAUACCUGAGCUAGUUGAUACUUUAGCCUCAGAAAUGGAUCCUAAUGUUGUAUGUACAGUAUCUGGAUUAUGCAACAAUGAUCGAAUUGAUAAACUUCUUCAAGAAAACCACCAAAAGAAAAAACUUGGACUUGAUUUUUAUGAUGAAGAAUAUCAUUCAUGUGAAAAAUGUGCAGUUGUAAUGGAAAAAUUAGAAAAUAUGAUACAAACUCACUCAAAACAAGACAUUUUACAUAAAAUUUGGAAUUUAUGCGGAGAGUUAAGUACCUUCUCUGAUGCAUGCAGUGCUAUUGUACUAAAAAAUUUUGAUGCUAUAUAUGAUAGACUUAAAACUGGAUUCAAUAAGAAAAAUGUAUGUAUGUUAAGUGGUAUGUGUUCAGAAGCAUUUCAUCCACAUGCUGAUGGUUACAAGAAAUCUCAAAAUGCUAUGAUGGGUGUUGAAAUUAGUAGUGCUGGUGAAAGAGGGAUAAUUAGUAGUAAACAGCAGAAUAAGGUUGGAGAUGAUUUAACUUGUGAAUUUUGUGAACAAUUAGUUAAACAUCUUAGAGAUAUCCUUAUUUCUAAUUCAACAGAAGAAGAAUUUUAUGAUGUUUUAAAAGGAUUAUGUAAACAAACAGGAAGUUUUUCACAAGAAUGUUUGUCUUUGGUUGAUCAAAACUAUAAAGUUAUUUAUACGUUCCUUACCAGUGAACUAGAUGGUAAAGUUGUUUGCAAAGACGUUGGAAUUUGCCCUACCACCUUGACUGGUUCUAUGGCUAUAAAUUACAAAAACCAAGUGCCACUCUUUCCUCUUCUACCCAAUGAGCUCUUAGAAAAAGUAUCUUCCUUUAAAAAAGAAGGAAAUGUCCAAACUGUUGAGAAAUCUCCUGUCAUUGAUGUAAUUUAUGAAAAUAUUCAUGUCAAAGUUAAUAAAGUUGAUUUGCCUAAAGAUAAAACUGCAUGUUUUGUGUGUGAUUCUAUUUUGCAUUACGUUCAACAAGCUGUGACAGAUCCCAAAUCAGAAGCUGAAAUACGCAGUGCUUUAGAAUCAUCUUGCACAGUAUUACCAAAAUCUUUUUCUGCAGAAUGUAAACAGUUUGUUGAUCAAUAUGGAGAUGCAUUUAUUUCAUUAGUUGCUCAAGAAGUAGAUCCAUCAAUUAUUUGCCCAGAACUUAAAUUAUGCCCUGUGAAAAAUAUUUCUUUAGUUUCUGAUACCAAAAGUUCUGAAGCAUGUCCAAUGUGUGUUAUGUUUAUGUCUGCUUUAAAAUCUGAAAUAACUAACAAAGACAACGAGGCUGAAAUUACUAAAAAACUAGAAAAAUUAUGUUCUAAACUUCCCUCUCACUGGAAAAAAAAUUGUACUUCUUUGGUUGAUACUAAUUUCCAGCAAAUUAUUGAUAUGAUAACAGCUGAAUUAACUCCUCAAGAAAUAUGCACACUUUUAAAAAUUUGUGAACCAGCUUCUCUGUUAGAUUAUUCUGGAGACAUAGAAACAAAUAUGAUUGCUAAGACAGAUAAAGUUACAAUUGUUUUUCCAGGACUAAAUAUUGGACAAAUGAUCAUAAAUGAUUAUAAGAUGCCUGUUAAAUCUAAAGUACCUACCCCAUUUUGUCUUAUAUGUACAGUUUUAAUGAAAUAUUUAAAUAAAGUAGUAGAAGACAAAUCAAACCAGGAGAGUAUUAAAAAUGUGAUAGAUUCAGCUUGUAAAAUUUUACCUAAUGUGGAAGAAAAUGAAUGUAUAGAUUUUGUCAAUCAACAUUACUCUCAAAUUAUUAUGGCCGUUGAAACGGCUACUGAUCCUGGUAUUGCAUGUAUGGCCAUGUUGGUGUGUGUUGAAGCUGAAGUUGAAAAACCUGCUGAUAAAACAUUACAAGUUUCCAAAGCUAUGUCAGAAUUAGAUUUUUCAUCUGAGUGUGUUGUCUGUGAAGCUUUUGUUAAAGUUUUGGAUCGUAAUUCAAAAAAACUUUUAGGAAAAGCUGAUGAAAUUGAUCUUGUUGAUUUAUGUGAUGAAAUUGAUGCUGCCCACAAAGAAAAGGACACCUUGUUAAACUUCAUGAAAGUCAGUUGUACAGAAUUUCGUUUAAAUAAAAACAAAAAAGUCAAGUCAUUUAUUGUAGGGGCAUUGAUAAAUGAGUGCAGAAACCAAAUCGAGGUCAUGAAAUACAAGGCAUUUCAUCCAAAAUGUACAAUAUGUAAGGAUAUAAUUAAUGAUAUAAAAGCAAAAAUUGAACAUUCUCCAGCAGAGAAAAGUAUUGUUUACAGACUAAAAUCCCUUUGUAAUGUCUUACCUAAUAAAGAUGAUUGCAUUUCAUUUAUUGAGAAAUACAGUGAAAAAAUAAUAAAAACUAUUAUUGAUGAUAUAAAUACUCAACAAAUUUGCAUAGAAAUAGGAUAUUGUUAUUCUUAGUGUCAUUUUGAAUAAUUUCCAUCAAAUUAUAUUUACCUAUAAAUUUUCUUAUACUAUUUUAUAUUUUACCAGAGUAAAUUUUCUUAAGUGUAUUUUAAAUAAAGAACAUAAUAUUUAUACAAAUAAAUUUGUUUUUAUACUUAUA